UCAACUCCAGGAUACAGAGGGGUGAAAGGCAGGACCAUGGAACUCAGUGUCCUCUUGCUUCUUGCUCUCCUCAUGGGUCUUCUGGUUCUACUGUUCAGGGGCCACCCAAAGGCCCAUGGCCACCUCCCACCAGGCCCACAUCCUCUGCCCUACCUGGGGAACCUUCUGCAGAUGAAUAGAAAAGGCCUGGUGAAAUCCAUCCUGCAGCUCCGAGAGAAAUAUGGAGAUGUCUUCACUGUGUACCUGGGACCAAGGCCCGUGGUCAUGCUGUGUGGUGCAGAUACCAUACAGGAGGCCCUGGUGGACCAAGCUGAGGCUUUCUCUGGCCGGGGACCAAUUGCUUCCAUGGAUGCUGUCUUCCAGGGAUACGGUUUGAGCUUUGCCAAUGGGGAACGCUGGAAGGUCCUUCGGAGAUUCACUUUGGCCACCAUGAGGGACUUUGGGAUGGGAAAGAGGAGCUUGGAGGAGCGGAUUCAGGAGGAGGCUCAGUGUCUGGUGGAGGAGCUGCGGAAAUCCCGGGGAGGCCUUGUGGACCCGUUGUUCCUCUUCCAGUCUGCCACUGCCAACAUCAUCUGCUCCACUGUCUUUGGAAAACGCUUUGACUACAAAGACCAUCAGUUCCUGAGGCUGCUGGACCUGAUCUAUCAGACCUUUGAACACAUGAGCUCCUUUUCCAGCCAGGUGUUUGAGCUCUACUCCAGCAUCCUGAAACACUUUCCUGGCACACACAGGGAAAUUUACAAGAAUUUGCAGGAAAUCAUCACCUUCAUUGGCCACAGUGUGGAGAAACACCAUGAAACCCUGGACCCCAGUGCCCCCAGAGACUUCAUUGAUGCCUACCUGCUCCGCAUGGAGAAAGACAAGUCUGACCCACACACUGAGUUCCAUCUCCAGAACCUAAUCCUGACCUCGCUUUCACUCUUCUUUGCUGGCACGGAGACCACCAGCACAACUCUCCGCUAUGGCUUCCUGUUUCUGCUCAAACAUCCCCACGUCACAGAGAGGGUCCACAAGGAAAUUGAACAGGUGAUUGGCACACACCACCAGCCAGCCUUGGAUCACCGAACCAAGAUGCCAUACACCGAGGCAGUCAUGUGUGAGAUUCAGAGAUUUUCAGACCUCGCACCCAUUGGUGUACCCCACGUGGUCACCAAAGACACUCACUUCCGAGGGUUCAUCAUCCCCAAGAACACUGAAAUAUACCCAAUCCUGAGCACUGCUCUCCAUGACCCACAUCACUUUGAAAACCCAGACACCUUCAACCCUGAUCACUUUCUGGAUGCCAUGGGGGCACUGAAGAGGAGUGAAGCUUUUAUGCCCUUCUCCAUAGGGAAGCGUAUUUGCCUUGGAGAAGGCAUAGCCCGCGCUGAACUGUUCCUCUUCUUCACCACCAUCCUUCAGAACUUCUCCAUUUCCAGCCCAGUGGCUCCUGAGGACAUUGACCUCACACCCCAGAAAAUGGGUUUGAGCAGAAUACCCCCAACAUACCAGGUUUGCUUUCUGCCCCGCACAGUGGAAUGAGGGAGGAGGAAUAAAAUAAAGGAUUGCAGGAUCAUCAAGUGCCCUAGCUCUGUAGAGAAUGGCCCCUCACUUCCUGCCUCUGAGAAACAUGUUGUGAAACAGCAUCCUUCCCCCUACCUUGUUGCUACUCCAUGCAAAAGUUAUUUCUGUAGUCUUCCUUCCAUGCUGCUGUGGUUCUUCCAAAGCUCUGUGCUGUAUUGCUUUCUGUUAUGAAUAAAGUUGCAGAACUUAGAGCUGGAUCAACAAUAA